CAGUACAUGCACGUGCCAAAACUGAGUUUACAACCUACAAAGGCUGGACUACAGUGCAGCAAAAAUGGAUAAUCCAGCUGUGCUGCUACUGAGCGAAGUAUAUGGUAAAUUGAAAGGAGGAAUCUCUACCAUAUACCGUCGGCUGGCAACAUUACUCAGGGAACGUGAACCGGACAUACGGGUAUCCAGCGCCGUUUUAGAAGCAACCGAAGACGAUAAAGAUGAGGCCAAACGUGAUGGAGUUGAACUGUUACUUCCUAAGGUUGACCCUGGGGAUGAAAGAACUGAGCCAAGUUUACAUUGGCUGACCUUUGACCAUCGUGUCAAAUACCCAGAUCUUCCCUCAAAUACACGGACCAUCGUGGGACACACUGAUGGCACGAGCAGAGGAAUAUGUAGGAUUAAACAGGACCGUUGUCCAGAGGCAACAGUCGUUCUUUUCAUCGACGACAUACCAGAGGACACUGAACAGUACAAGGGAGAUGAGGAGGCCAUGGGGAUCGGGAAAAAAGAGGAUUCCAUUCUUAAAGAUGCAGAACAAGCUGAUGUUGUCUUCUCUAUCGGUGACAGGAUCUUUGGUCAUUUCAAGAGCCAGUUCAGAGCAAUACCUGCCAAGAAACGACCUCGACAUAUAAGGUUUCUUCCACGACCCUCUAGCAUCUUUGAAAAAGCAGAUGCUGAAUACAGUGACGCAGAAACUAUGGUGGUCCUGUGCAUUGGUAGGGUAGCGGGUGUUGAGAAACUGAAGGGACUUGACCUUGCUGUUGAGGCCCUGAGCAUUGUUGCAGGGAAGAUGAGAGUCAAGUUGCGAGUAAGAGGAGUCGACAAAGAUAACCUACAAGUAACCAGCGCGAUUCUUGAGCACUGCAAAUCUGCAGAUCUGCAGAUAACCUUCUUCCCCUAUGGCACACAGAAGGAUAUCUGCAAGGACAUGUUGCAGUCCCACCUGGUGCUAAUGCCCUCUCGUGCUGAGCCGUUCGGACUGGUUGGCCUAGAGGCCAUCGCAACUGGAGUUCCCGUUCUUGUGUCUGACAAAUCUGGAUUGGCAGACUUGAUUAACAAGUUUGCACCACGCUAUCAUAACUGCAUUGUCGAGACAGACGCUGGCGGUGACGAUCAAAGAAAUGUGGGCAACUGGGCCAGGUGCAUUGAAAGGGUUCUGCGACACUGCGAGGCAGAGUUCGAAACAGCUGCAAACUUGAAGCGGGAACUUUUGUCUACAAAGUACUGGGAAGAGUCAGAAAGGCUGUUUAUUAAUGUCUGUACAACUGAAGGAGGAUCCAGCCCUAGGUUGAGCGACAGCAACAGCGGUACGCAAAGAAAUGAAGGUCCCAUUGGUAGCAGUUCCGAUGAGGAAAGUCUACAGGAGAACUACAGAAUACUGAGAGUUAGCGAGAAAAUCUUUGAUGAGGAAGUGCUUAAUAGCCCAGAAGAGCUUGAAAGCAGGCUAUUAGAUUUCAGGCAACAUGUUGAUGAUGCAUUGCAUUACUUCAAACUUUCAUGCAAAGCAAAGCUAAGAAUCAAGAGGAGUGUAAAACAUCAUGCUGCGAAGGUGCACAGAGUGCUAUUUCCAGAAAUAAAACUAAGAUCAAGGUAUGGCAAGUUGGUAAAGUGUUUUAAUCUGUACUGUGCAACCCUGAAGAAGAUUGAAGACGGGUGUGUGCUCUGUACUCUUGAGUUUGAUGGCUCCCGGGAUUUGGUCACAUUUCUGAGAGGCUACCGGGAUGGAAAGUUGUCGGAAACUUUGACUCAGGAACUCAUCACAGAGGAGAUGCAGGAGAAAGAAGGACCAGGCGUCUACGUCCACGUAACACUGCUGGUUGCAAGUGACACCACUAGAACAGGUGAUAAAGGGAGCAAACCCGAGGAAACAGAUCGCACGCAGGGAGACGAAGAGAUGAAAACUGAUGACGCAACUGGAGCUUCUGACACACCAGGGCUUAAAAAGAGUAUUUCUCUGGACGAUUUACACGCCAUGCAGAUGCAAAUCUCUCCUGCUCAGAAUGUCAUCUUUCAACUAGGCCUUAUCAAUCUCGACCUAGCAACCACCAGUGUUCAAGAAUCCCGUUUGAAAGACUGGGCAUGUGAUUCACUCACAAACCAGUUGGCUCAACGAUUGGCUAUGAAAUCACGGCACGUUCGAGAAUUACAGAGCAAGGUGAGGAGCACGAUUGAGCUUCAUAACAACAGAGUUGAGGAGCAGGCUGACGUCAUUCAUAGACUCAGGGCUGAAUUCAGGAAUCUUACCCAGAAGAUUGAAUCAGCAGAAAAGGUUCUCUCUGACAAGAACACAGAAAUUCAACAGCAGAAAGAAGCAAAUAAGAACUCGGCUGUAGUAAUUGAAGACCUACAAGCUGAAAACGCUAAACUACUUGCAAAGUUGGCGGCUAAGAAAGCUAUUGAAGAUAUGGCAACCUCAACUGACGUCCCCAGAGGUGGAGAGUCGGAUGAACCUAUGUAUGAUAAAACUAGACUGGAAAAGCAGACGCAAACUGAUCCUGAGGUGCCAUCAGAGCAGAGACCAACAUCACCCGAACAGACCAGCCAAGAUAUGGAAGCAUCAGAAGAAGCACGUGCGGCAGACACUUCACGGGGGUUGUUGCAAACUGGUGCAGAGGUACCACCAGAUUCUGAUCCACGCCCUACAGACGUUGUCAAAAGGCAAGGAGCAACAUCGCGUACACUACACACUGAGCAUGAGAUAGAAGGGACUUUGGAAACAGUGGGGGCCAUGUCCCGUGAACUACAGGAAAAUCCAACUGGUCAGGCACAGGUUCUUAUCACGUCUGCAGAUGACCGUGUGGAGAUCAAAACAGAUGACCUUGGCCCGGAGGAGCAGGAGAUAUUCCGCAGGUUUGCUGAAAAAGCCAAGAAUGUGACUGACCAAUCUCCAGUGGAGUUGCUACAAACCCUCCACGAGGAGGUUGGGCAACACGUUGAUGAGGAAGCGUGGAUGGGGCAGGCGUACGUCCGUAUUGGCAUCGUCGGUGUCUCGGGUGCGGGCAAAAGCACCUACAUUAACUCCUUCCGGGGGCUGAGGGCUAGCGACCCGGGGGCAGCAGCGGUCGGCGUCAUCGAGACCACGACGGAGGCUGAAGAGUACCGUCAUCCCAAACAUGACCACGUCAUCCUGGUGGACUUUCCGGGAGCUCUCUUCAAACUAGAAGGUGGACAUAGACGAUCUGUCACCUUUGAUAUGAAAGAAUAUACAAGAAAGUUUGAGGGAAAGAUGAAGGAAUGCAAUGUUCUGCUCGUCUUCACAAGCGUUCGGGUCCAUGACAACGCCGUGUGGAUCGCAGCAAAGGCCAGAGAAAUUGGCAAAAAGGUACUGUUCGUCCGCUCCAUGCUCGAUGUGGAUAUCUACAACAAACAACGUGACGACCCGGCCUACUUUACUGGGGGGCAGGAGGAAGGCGAGAAACGACUCCUUCAGCUCCAUCGGCAGGACUACGUCACCAUGCUGGAGACGAUGGGAUAUGGGCGUGUGGCCCCUGAGGAAGUCUUCAUCAUCAGUGGCAUGCUGGAACACAUCCAGCGCGGAAGCUGGGAUGCUCCUGCCCUGAAGGAAGCCAUGUUAAAGCAGCUACAUAUCCAACAGCAGAUACUGUUCAUCACGAUCUGCCAAGAUUUCUCUCCAACAAUGGCAAGGGCAAAGGCGAAGAUCUACAAGAGCCGAGCUUGGAAAGUAGCGCUAAGAGUUGCCGCUGCUGGGGUCAUACCAUUUGCGGGGGGAUCGAUCAACGCAGGCAUUUUUAUCACGACGGUGACACAGUUCAAAAGAGGUUUCGGGCUUGACGAGACCUCCGUGCGUAAGCUGGCUGUUCUAACGGGCAAGGAAGCGGCGGAUCUGCAGCACUUCGUGGAUGAAAGGAUGUCUCUUGUCAACAAGAUCACACAGUACUUCCAAGGCGAUAUCGAUAUACAAAGUCUUAAGGAAGCCCUUGUUGCAGCUGGUGCAAGUGAAUUUCUUGCAGGCGCUCUAGCCGUGGAUGCUGCCAUAGAUAUGGCGGUCCCUUUUAUCGGCGGUCUUUUUACAGCACCGGCGUCUUACCGCAUCGCCUCGAAUAUUCUGAAUCUUGUCAUAGAGCAACAAGAGAAGUGUGCGCUUGCUUUGUACGAGCUUGCCUUCCGUUAG